CCAAGUGUUGAAGCUAAUGAUGAACAAAGUGAAGAUAACAGCUAUCAUGUAAUAGACCUGCUGUGCCCAUCCAGCCUCCAGAGGAAGCCUUCUGCAACCUGGACAUAAAUCAGGGUUUAGCGGUGGUCCAGCUCUACGUGAUGCCGUCCUUCUUCCUAGCGGUUCUGAUCCUCGGGCUUCCCCUCAACCUGCUCUCCCUCUGGGUUUUCUUCCACCGUCUGCGGCGAUGGACGCGCAGCACUGUGUUCUUCUUCAACCUGACCCUGGCUGACACCUUGUGGCUGCUGGCCUUGCCUUUCCUCAUCGCUUACCACCUGGACCACCUGUACUGGAGGGUGGGGCUGACGCUCUGCAGAGCGGUGAGGAUGUUCUACCACAACUACUUUUAUCUCAGCAUCUUCUUCGUCACCUGCAUCAGUGUGGAUCGGUACGUGGCCAUAGUGCACCCGCUGCGCUCUCUGGUGCUGCUGGGCCGGAGGCAGACCUGCCUGCUGUGUGUGGCGGUCUGGGUGUUCACUCUGCUCCUCAGCACACCUGUUGGCACUAUGAGCCUGAUGCAGACUUGCCCCGGGAGCAACCGCACCAUCUGUACUUUGUACAUACUGCUGAGUGAGACCGGGGAGAGCCUCCCCUAUUCUCUUGUAUGCACCACGAUCGGCUUCAUCUUCCCGCUGCUCUCCAUCUGCUGCUGCGGCCUGCGCAGCGUCAGAGAGCUGCGCCACCGGCCCCGCCGCCCCGAUCCGCACCACAAGCAGCGGCGGCUCCGGUGGGUGCUGACCGCAGCGCUGGUCCUCUUCGCCUUGUUCUACCUGCCCUACCACCUGAGCCGCAACGCCGCCAUCAUAGUUAGAGCGGUCUACCCUGACAGCCCCGCCUACUGGCGCCAUGCAGACCUGGCCUUCGCCCUGGAGAUGUGCUUCUGCAGCCUCAUCACCUGCAUCAACCCUCUGUUUAGCUGCUGUAUAGGCGGCCAGUUCAGGAGGGAGUUUCACGACACUUUUGUUGCCAUGUUUCCUCAGUGUUCAGGUACGCAGGUGGCAUCAGCGGUGUCUAAACGGGCCCGGAUGGUGGCGAGGACAAGGCAGGAGAUGUGUGCUGUCACACCUGUGUGCGAGGAGCCUGCACCCAGAUCCUCAUGAGACAUGUAGAGUAAAUGAGUAUUAUCUAUCUUCUAUUAUAAUAUCUAUCUAUUUUACUCUGUCAAACAUGAAACUGUACAGAAAACCAGGAUUUCACUCGUUUCUUUUAGUGGCGGUAUGAGCUCUAAGAUAAAUACACUGUACAUGACAACGGUUUCCACUUUCAUUAUUUAAUUUCAUUUUCUAUCUCAUAUCUGAGCUUAGGUUUCAUUAACGUCCUUACACAACACCGCCUCUGCGUGGCUGACUGCAUACUGUACUUUACAGUCUGGAUCCACAAGCGUGAACAGCGUGUCUUUCUUUUAUCCCGCGGGGGAAAAAAUAUAUUAGAAUCCACAGUUUAGUCAAUUUAGUGAAAGCAAAUCGUUCACCCCAAUUUGUCCCUUAGG